AUGGCUGGUAUACCUCCGUUCCCGUCAUUCGACAUAGAAGCCGAUAAAUCUAGCGCUGCCCACAGAUGGAACAAGUGGGUGGGGAGACUGGAAAAUUUGCUCGUGGGGCUAAACAUUACAAAUGACGGCAGAAAGCGAGCUUUGUUACUGCACUAUGCUGGUGAAAGAGUUUAUGACAUAUAUGACGCUGAAAAAGGGGACACUGGUACAAAUUAUGACGAAACUAAAAAAGUUAUCACCGACUAUUUCGCCCCAAAAGUAAACAAACAAAUGGAAAUCUAUAAAUUCAGGGCUUGUAAACAAAGUGAAAGUCAAUCUCUAGAUGAAUAUGUCACAGAAUUGCGGAUGCUGGCUAAAAACUGUGAAUUUGCUGACACUGAAGAAGAAAUAUUGCAACAAAUAAUUCAAAACUGCAAAUCAAGUAGACUGCGUCGAAGAGCCCUCCGUGAUAAUUGCAAAACACUGACCGACAUCAUUUCACUAGGACGCUCAUUGGAAAUUUCAGAUGAGCAAGCUGCUGCUAUGGAAUCUCCUAAACCGGCAGACAUAAAUAAGGUCAAAACAUCACAAGACGUACCAUAUCGUGGACGAAGAUGCGCAAGAAGACCUACAAGAGGUGGUCAACAGUUUCGCCCAAGAAAUACUGAAACUACAAAAUGCAGAAAUUGUGGAGGAAGAUACCCUCACAAUGGACAAUGUCCAGCACGUGGCAAAACCUGCAACUUUUGUAAAAAGCCAAAUCACUUCAUGACAGUGUGCCGAAAAAAGCAAAAGGACCCAGAAGUUAGACAAAUUGAAAAGAAAACUGAUUCUUGUUCAUCAGAUGAUGAUUAUUGCUAUGCUUUAAAGUCCAACGUGUCGAAAACACCAAAAUCAAAUGUAAAAAUCAACGACGUGCAGGUGAAUGUAUUGGUAGACAGUGGCGCUUCGGUGAAUAUUCUUGAUGAAAAUACCUACAGCAUAAUUGGUAAACCUAAACUGUCAAACAGAAAUUUGCCUAAAUUAUUACCAUACGGCAGCCAAUCACCUUUGAAAAUAAUCGGAAAAUGCAAACUAACAAUUGAAAAACAAAAAAUCAUCAGCGUCGAGACAUUCUACAUUGUACAGGGCAGACAUGGAAGCCUUAUCAGCUAUCAAACAGCAUGCAAUUUAAAUAUUAUCGAAAUAGUCAAUCAAAUACAAGAAAACAAACAAGAAGAUGUGAAGCAAGACAAAUAUCCAAAUCUUUUCAAAGGGAUAGGAAACUUCAAGACAACCAUGCAACAAUAA